UGUGUAUACUUUCGUCACUUAAAAAGGAUUUCUUCUCGUUCGUUUUUAUUUUUCGCAUAUUUCUUCGCAUUUUCGCAGAAAGAGAAGUCGAGCGAAAAUAUCAAAUGAAAAAUUAUCGUCUAGGGAAUAAACAAGGUGGAGAAACAUACGAUAAUCGAGCUCGAGUAAGAUACAAAUAAUCGAAUAAUAGUCCGUCUCUUCCAUGCAGCGUUCGGCAAAUUGUUCUCGCGAUUUUGCAAACAGAGGCGUAUGAACGGAGCCGUGGGAUGUGCGCGAGCCAAUCGUAACAAGAACAAGAACAAGAGAUUGUCGUCCCGAGUCACCGAGUCGAGUGACACACCGAGUGAUAUCUCACGUUGUACAUAUAGACUUUUUUAUAUUUCUAAAACAAACAACUGCAAGUACACUCGUCAGCCGAGCUCAGUGCAGCGCGGAUAAUAGAGAGAAUAAAUGCGCCCGAUAGAAGGCAGCAUCCGAGCCGCGGAGAGGCUUCUUAGGAUUAAGGGAACUUAGCGUUUAUUCGUUCGUUCAUCCGUUCGCCGAGAAACUACGUGAAGGGGGACAUCAGCGUACUCAAUACAUCGCAACUGCUUCGAAAAGAAAAUGACUCUCAUGGAUUUCUUCGGUUGCGCCUUCUUGGCUUUCGGUCUGCCACUGGCCAUGUUUACGUUCACCAUCGCCAGCAAUCCCUACAGGAUAAUCAUCCUGAUAGCCAGCGCCUUUUUCUGGCUCAUUUCCUUGUUACUGUCAUCGAUACUCUGGUAUGCCGUUGUACCGUUGCAAAAUUAUCUCGCAUUUGGACUGGUGUUCUCAGUGCUGUUUCAAGAAAGCUUCAGAUACCUGCUGUACUGUGUGAUGCGUAAAGUGGAAAUAUGCAAUAUACCGCCAGACAGAUUGGCAGCGGCAGAGAGGGCUGUUAAUCAUGUAGUAGAUGGCAGACUUGAGUACUCUUAUGUGUGUGGCUUGGGUUUUGGUCUCAUGAGCGGUGCUUUUGCCCUGGUCAAUGUUUUGGCUGAUGCGGUAGGACCUGGUACUAUGGGACUACGACAAGGCACAGAAUAUUUUUUCAUGAUAUCUGCAGCCAUCACUCUGUGCUUCAUUCUACUGAAUACAUUCUGGGGUGUCAUCUUCUUCACAGCUCUGGAUUGUAGGAAUUGGGGACAAGUUAUAUGGGUGGUCAGUUCGCAUCUGCUUGUCUCCUGUAUGACUUUGCUCAAUCGAUACCAGGCUUAUGCAGCCAGUAUCUUGUCUGCAUACAUAGUACUGGUGAUAACAAUCGUGAUUGCGUUCAGACUUGCGAACGGGCGUAUGCAGAAUUUAAUUUGUUGUUUCCGAAGAAAAUGAGAGCUUACAACAGUUUCAUAGUUACUUGAUAACAUGCUAAAAAUACGAGUGCCCAUCUUCCGACGGAUACAAACGUGAACAUGAUAAAGCAUAUUCUCCCCUUUUAGAUGCUAGUUUAUAAGAAAAUCGUUCGUUACUCUGUUAUAUAUGAUACACAUAAGGACGAUGCAUUGGGCAGAAUAUUUUUAUUCCUUGAAAAUUAAGUAGGCCGAUGUGAGAAGAAUGUAGGUAUAUAUCAUUGCUAAAUUUUGUGUGGUUAAACAAAAUAUACCGCUGAAUCCCAUGUAUAAUACAUCCACUUGACCAAACUGAAUAAGGAAUAGACUCUGCGCUGUGAAUGAGUAGUGUGUUACAGUGGUUAGCGAGCUUGGUCGUCUGCAUCAUUCUGCAAUGAUGAACACUAAGGACACUUAUUGUACAUGAAGUGACUUAAGUGUAAAAUACGAGGGUAUGAGGAAACAUGUUAUUGUGAUUUUAUUACAUAAUUUAGCAAAAAUUGUGUCUGUCGAUUUUAUCGACCAAAGUAUGCCAUUAUGUUUUUACAUUUAAAUGACACUUCAUGUAAUUUCAGCAUGUAGUAGUAUGAAAUGGCGCAGACGAUUGAAUUUGCCACACAGCGUACUUCAGAGUAUCUCGUUACGUGAAAAUAAAAAGAGAAAAGAAGAGAGGGAAUGAGUGAACGAGAACAAGAGGGAGAGUAUCUAAUUGUGUGUGUUUUCUCAGAACAGUUCUGGAUAUUUUGGUCAAGCUGCUAGUCCGUCCCUUAAUCCAUCGAAACUGUUGUAUGACGGAAUCACGAUAGCGUUUCGAUCCAGAGCAUGUCGAAUUGUAUAAUACUCCCUAUCGUAAAGAGAAAUAUCUACAGAAAUGCAUGUAUGUGUGUGCGUGAUUACGCGUCGUAGUCAUGUAUGCGUGUAUGUAUAUAUGUAUGCGUCUACAAUGAAUAAGUUUCGUUAAAUACGGUAUGUAUAUUCGUGCAUAAAUUCGCGCCUUAAGAGUAAAUUCCUUAACUAUUGAUUAAACGAAGAAACGGUAAAAUUUAAGGAAUUGUUCGUUACUUUUUGUAAGUGAAAAGAAGAACGAGGAAGUCACCGACGAUUACACAUCUAAGCUAAUUAUAACAGCUAUAUAACGUUCAUAUUGUUGUAUCAAUUACUGUAUAACAUUCAUUUAUCUCCACUUACCACACAACUUGCAAUCGUUUAUUAUCCAAUUCACAUUUGCAUUUCAUCUGACAGUCAAAUAAAACCAACUUUCUUACAA